AAAAGCGGGCCAUGACACCUCUCAUUCUUCUCUCUGGCCAUAUAAACGAUAUAUAUCGACGAUAUAACCUUGAAGAAUUUAAAUUAAUGAAGAGCGGUGAGGUUAUGUUGACCAGAGACUGAGUGCUUUGACGUUUCUAUAUACGCAAUUCGGACAUGGGCUUGUUCGGAAAAUCACAGGAAAAGAAUCCCAAAGAAAUGGUUCAAGAGUGGACCCACAAAUUAAGAAAGGAAGGUUAUCAACUUGACAGGCAGGUUAGAGCAAUUCAAAGAGAAGAAGAAAAAGUAAAGCGUUCCUUAAAGGAAGCAGCAAAGAAAGGAGAUAAAGAUGUUUGCAAGAUUCUUGCAAAGGAGAUUAUAAGGGCUCGUAAAGCUUGUAACAAAAUUUAUACUUCUAAAGCACAUCUAAAUUCUGUAUCGUUACAAAUGAAAAAUCAAUUGGCGACAAUCAGAGUUGCUGGUUCAGUUUCAAAAUCUACAGAAGUGAUGCAAGCAAUGCAAUCUUUGAUAAGAGUACCAGAAGUAGCUGCAACUAUGAGAGAAAUGUCAAAAGAAAUGAUGAAAGCAGGAAUUAUCGAGGAAAUGUUGGACGAAACAAUGGAUUCCAUCGAGGAUUCUGAAGAUAUGGAAGAUGAAGCUGACGAAGAGGUUGAUAAGAUUUUAUGGGAGGUGACAGCUGGUCAAUUGGGUACAGCUCCUGCAGUUGUCACAGAAAAUCCUGGAUCAGUUGCAGCCUCUACAUCUGCAGAAGAAGAAGUAGAAGAUGAUGACAAAGAACUUGAAGAAAUGAAAAAUAGACUGCAGAGUCUUCGCAGUUAGAUGUAUAGUUAAAUAAUUCAAAUAUAUUUGCAUUAAAUGUCAGGGAAAAAAUAAGUAUAAUAACAACAGUUAUUAA